GUUCGGUUGGUGCGCGCGGAACAGUGACGAUUCGACUGGUCAAGCGGUUGGAGUUUAUGAGCAUAACUGAUACAUAGUUGAUAAGAGAACGCGUGCGUUUCAAUAACAACAUUCUACAUUUAUAAGCGUUCCCGAAUGCUGUUUUACGAUCUCACAUUUGGAAUUUGGACAGAGAUUUGUUCGUCUCAUAAAGAAAGAAGAGUUAUUUCAAAGCGUAUUUAAUGUCGUGACGCUGUUAUCGAACGAUUUCGGAGUGCACAUGUGUCAUGGAUGUCAAGAAGUAGGCGUCGUCUGUGUUAAAUGCCAAAAUCAAACAUAACAUGACAUCCCGCGAAACGGAAUGUAAUGUCAUAGUGUAUAAGUUAGCGAAAAAACGUGUUGCAGAAAAAGGAGUAGAGAAUCAAUGUUAUAUACGCUAUUCAGGGUGCGCUGAAUAAUUGAUUUCCCGAAGCAAAGUACAAAUAUCUUUUAUAGACGCUAUCUGAAGCCGUCGCUAAAUGAAUCUAGAAUUAGAAAUGUUACCUUCGAACACGCUCGAGGUAGAAGUCGGGAGUUCAUCGUCUCCAAGAGGAUAUGAUACGACAAGUAAAAGUUUCCUCCUGGAGACGAUGCCCGGUGACUUGCAUACCGAAACAGCGGCUUGCCGUUUCUUAGAGGGAGAGGUCGUUGCUCGAUGUCAAGAAGAAAGCAACGAGACGACUAAAACUAUACCAGAAUCGGAAUAUUCGAAAAAGAAGAUUGAAUCAGCUGGUAGUAGCAGAUCCAUCAAUGAUCACCCGUGUCAAAGUUUUUCGAAGGUUUCCACAUCUUUGCAAAGCCUCGUACGUCGAAAAAGUCGAAAACACGGCGCAUCCUCGUUACCUUUAGACGUAGAACUCUCGACGUAUUCUCUGCAUCCUAGUUGUCUUAUUGAACCGCCGAAAGAAAACAAUGUCAAUGGUUAUAGAAACGACGAAGAAGCCGUUUGUACGACCACGCGUACAUCCACGCUUAUUUACGCUUCUUCCGUGCAACUAUCAUCCAGAGGUGACAAUAAUAUGCAGGAUACUACCUCGCUGACGAACAACGUCGCGACUGUCACUACAACCGCUAGCACUAAUAACCUUACUUCUUCGGUCAGUGGCAGUCGUCUCAGUAAUACCGCUACGUCUUUGAUAAGGACUACCAGCGUGAUCACGGCAGGACCGUCCACGUCUUCCUGGAACAAUUCCGCGGAGGAGGAGUUGGAUUACGUUGUUGAUCCGGUUCAAGGAAACGCUUAUUACAAGGGACAACUUCUUGGGAAGGGUGGAUUCGCGAAAGUUUUUCUGAUGACUGAUGUCAAUAAUGGAAAUGAAUACGCAUGCAAGAUUAUCAGGAAAAACCGAAUGCAAAAAAUCCAUAUGCAAAAGAUCGCACGUGAGAUUAUGAUUCACAAAGAGCUGAAUCACACGAAUGUUGUCCAGCUGCAUCACUACUUCGAGGAUAAUCUUAACGUGUACAUGCUUCUGGAAGCCUGUCCUCGAAAGAGUUUGAUGCACGUGCUGAAGUACCGUGGCAAAGUCACGGAGCCGGAAGCACGGUAUUACAUGAAACAAAUGGUAACCGGUGUUGCGUAUAUUCACUCUCAGAAAGUUGUCCAUCGGGAUUUGAAGCCAGGUAACAUGUUCCUAUCGGACCGUAUGAUCGUCAAGAUCGGAGACUUUGGACUGGCGACGAGGCUUGACGGACAGUGCAGACGAGUGACGAUAUGCGGAACACCGAAUUACAUCGCGCCGGAAGUGUUGUAUAAGCAAGCAUAUAGUUACGAGGCGGAUGUUUGGGCGCUCGGGUGCAUACUGUACGCCCUGCUGGUAGGGCAACCACCUUUCGACACAGCAUCGCUAAAAGAAACGUACGCGAGGAUAUGUAACAAUCAUUAUCGGGAGGUUGACGAUUCGAUAGCGAGCCGAAACGGGCAAGAUCUUAUCAAAUGGCUCCUCCAACCGAAUCCUGAGCUCAGACCUUCUUUGGAGAGAGUAAAGGAACACGCUUAUCUCACCAAGGAAUACGUACCAGCUUCGUUGCCUCGUAUUUCUUGCUUCCAAAUGCCACGUCCCUCUGUAAUCGAUCCGGUGUCGUCGCCUUCGUCCAAUUCUAUUGCAUCUAGAAAUCAGAAACUUAAUAAUACUCAGGUUCAUACCAUCCAACAAUCUCAGCAACAGCAGGAGCAGCAACAGCAACAUCAUCAAACAAAUCUUUCUCAGAAAAGCUUACGAAAGGGGUCGAAAGUGAUCAGUUGGUUAGCUCGAAAGCUUCGAAAAGUUCCGAAAUUCAGACAAAGAUUAAGCAGCGUUCUUUGUCCAGAUCAGAAAAAAAUUAUUGGAUCCACAGCUCAGAGUAUACAAAUACAUCAAGCGCUAGAAAAUUGCAUCAAAGAAAUAAAAUGUAAAAACAAGAUACGUAAUCAUCCACCUGUAAGGGAUAUCGUACCUCUGUUUAUCACUAAGUGGAUCGAUUAUUCGAAUAAAUACGGCCUAGGUUUUCAAUUAUCUGACAAAUCUGUAGGCAUCCUCUUCAAUGAUCAUACCAAAAUCAGUUACACACAUGACAGAAGAAGAGUGGAGUACGUGACAACCGAUGACGAAGUAACAAGAUAUCAAAAAGAAGAAGAUGUUCCAGCUGCUCUGCAGAAAAAACUUGUAUUAUUGCAACGUUUCACACAAUAUAUGGAUAAAUUUAUGACUGAAGGUGGUGAAAUUAAGAAACACCGAGUUACACCAAAGCAGUCGAAGAAUAUUUGUGUGCCACGAAUGAGAAGGUGGUUAAGAACUGAUAAAACUAUUAUGAUGGAAUUAUCAGUACCACUUUUGCAAGUGAAUUUCUUCGAGGAUCACACGAAAUUGGUAGUCUCACAAGAAUCUCCUAACAAGGGAUAUCUAAUUACGUAUAUAGAUACCAGUAGACGUACAUCUUCGUAUUGGUUAAACGAUAUACGAGAUUUUGGUUGUACAUCAGAUCUCUACGAGCGUUUAUAUUAUGUUUACAAGGUAUCCAGAGAAUUUGCAGAAAUGCAUAAUAACACAAUCGCUUGACCAGCAAAGAUAAGACGUAAGAUGCAUUAUUCGUUGAACGAUUGAAAUUUGUUUUAUAGGAUCUACGUCUGUUCAGUUAGCUGCACUCGUUUUACUUGCAAUUUUCGUUUUUUCUUUUCUCUUUUAAAAAUUAUUUAAAAUAAAUCAUUACAUACGUACGUUAUUUUCCUUUCUUGUAUAAGUAAUUUAAUUCUUAAUCAUUUUGCGAGAUUUAUUUAAAUUCGUAUUUAAUCUCUACGAAAUUCAUCAACGUUAUAACAUCUUUCUUUUUAUUAAUAUUUGAAACUGCAUAAGUUUCAAGGCAUAUAUCGAUAUAACUUUUAUAGAAAAAUAUUUAUGAUAUACUGUAUAACGUAUUCUAUUGAUAGAUACAUAAUAUAUAUUCUUAGAAACAAAUUUUAUUUGUGUUAUUAAAGAGUUUAAUUUCAGAACAAGAAUUUUCUAUCUAUAAAGAAUUCUUGACACGUUAUAAAUAUUCCAAAAAAAAUAUAUAUAACAUAAAAGCACACGUGUAUACGCAUAACAUAAUAUAUUGCCAUAUAACGUUAAUGAAAGAAAUACUUAAAAAUAGCGAGUGAUAUUACGAUACAUUAUAAUAUAUAUUUUUAUAUGAUAAAAUUAAUAAAUUAGAAGAAUUAUGAAAAUAUGAAAUUUGAAAAUUGAAGAGUAAGAAGAGAUGAUAACAACGUUAUGUAAGUUUUUCGUUGUCGAAAAAAAAAAAUUUAACUUAUUAUUAAGCUAUUUCAUAUAAUAUUUAUCAACUAUUUCUUAUGAAUUGAGUUUAUUUUAUACAUUCAUUAAAAUUCAAAACGUUUCGAGUGCAGUUAAAGGAAAGACGUUAUUUAAUUAGAUUAUUUGAGAAUAAAUGUUUAAGUUUUCCAUAAUGGAUUAUAUCUUCUUUUUUUUUUUUUUUCACAAAAACAAAGCAACAAAGUUGUGAUAUAUUACGUUUUGUAAGAAACUUUAAUACAAAACGAGGGCCACGGAUAUUUUUUGUUCUUAAAUAAUUUUUUAUAUACUUUUAAUUACAAAUAAUCUAGAAACGAAAAUCUAGAAACGAUCGAUAAAACAUAUAUUACAUAUGUAUAAAGUUUAAUAUCAAUUCCGUUAUUCACAUUCUGUAAGAAUCGCAAAUGCCUCGUUAACGAUAUUCGCACAGUAUAUAAUUUCAAAAUAAUAUUGAUAAUGUAAUAUCAAACGCAAUAUGUAUGUAAGUAACUUUGGUUACGUUAUUUAAUAAGUUGCCCUAUUAAUAUUGUAAUCGAGCUAUUACAUAUACCUAUUGAAAAUAAUUAACACACAAAUUUAAAAUUUGUUUACAUCAAAAUGGGAAAGAGCAUUAAUAAGUAUGUCGAUAAUAUUGUUCUAUUAUUUUUUUAUUUGUUUAUUAAUUUACAUAUUCUAUAUAAAUAUAAAUUACAUAUGCCGUGGUUUAUAGUGCUUUAAAAUUUAUAAUAAUAUUCAAAAAAAUAAUUAGUUGCUUUUUAGCCAUAAUUUAUAUACAUAUAUAUAUAUAUAUUUUUAUUUUUUUUUUUUUAGUUAAAAUUAUCCAGAUACUCUAGAUAUUUACUUUGAAUUAAACAUUACGUAUAUUUUUUUUAAGUUUGUUUGAUAAAUAAUUUCAACGUAUUGUGCAACAUGCAUAGUCAUAUUUUUUGAUAAUUAUAUAAUUAAUUGAUUUUUACGACGUUCGUGUACUCAAAUUUCAAUUUGUGUGAUAACACAAUAAAUAUUAUUUUAUAGUCGAUUUUAAUCUAAAUAAUAUAAUAACGAAAUAAGAGUUAGUAUGCUUCUAUCAUACUAUCACGAAUAAUAUACCAUGAACAUUUUUUUAAGAAUUUAAAUUUUGUUUUAAUAUAGACAAUAUAUAUCAUAGUGCAAAUAUUGUUACCUUUGUGAAAAAUUAGAUCAGGAUUGCUCGACUUUGUGCUCUUGAUCAUUGUUAAUAUAUACAUAUAAUAUAUAUAUAUUAACAAUAAAGAUAAAAAAUUAUCUUCAAAAUAUACAAAAAUGGAAAGAAUAAAUAGUUUAUGAUAAAAAAAAGAUAUAAACAACAAGAAAAUAAUGGUACAAGCGUAUUUUUAAAUGGAUUAUUUAUUAAGGAAAACGAGUGAAAUCUUAAAUGUUCACAUUCUAAGUGCCUAUAUUAAAUAAAAGUCUGUUUGUAAUGUAAAUUAAGAUUUUGAAUCGAUUUGAGAAAAAUAGAGAUGAUUUUUUGAAAAAAAUUAAAUCAUAUAAAAUAAAAUAAAGCAUUAUAGUUGAACAAUCCUGAUACAAAUUAUUUCAAAUUGCAUCUAUCCUUUGAUGCUAGUAGCAAUGAAAAAUAUAACAUUAAGUGGACCAAUUAUAUUGGCUUACUAAUAUAGCGCCUAUACUUUUCAAUUAUUUAUCUUUUAGAUUAUGUUCAUAGUAAACAGUUUUCUAAAGAGUACACAUUUUAUUUCACAAAAUCAUUUUUUAACGUGCCUUUAUUUUGUAUUUAAAAUAUGAACAUUUAUUUUACAUAAAAUUUAUCUUACAUGAAACAAUUUUUUAUAUCAAUAAAUUUGGUGCCAAACAUUUCGAUUGCUCACCUAUUAAAAAUAUAUAUCUAUGUAUAUUUAGUCCUCGUCAAGGUUUAAAAAGAUUUUAUUUUUUUUUUUUACUUUUUCUUUAUUGAUUGACCGAUCCAAUAUUUUUGCGUUUCUUAACGCAUUUAAAUUCUGAAAAUGUUUUAUAAUAAAUUAAUUCACAAUUUUAAUUUAAUUAAAAAAAUAAAAAAACCAAAAAAAAUUUUAAAAAUAAAAAAAUAUUAUUUCAAUUAUUUUAAAUUUUAAUCGAUUAUGUUCUUAAUAAAAUUUUUUUUUUUUUUGAGGACUAAAUAAAGUAGUGAAAUUAAUAGACUGUGUACUCAUAUUAAAAAAAAAAAAACUUGAUACAGUAUAUGCUUAAAUCAUGAUAAAUAGCAAGAUGUAAUAAAAUGUACGAUAUGUACACGUACAAAUACGAAUUACAUUUAUAAAGUGCCGUUUUGACAUGUUUUUGAUACAAUUCUAUACUCAAAUUGUUCAGAAUUGUCACACGUUUGGCGCCUAUAUGGUAAAUUAUUAAAAAAUAAGCAAGUGCGAAUUAGAUAAUUGUACUGAACAAUAGUAUUCAAAUAGAUUUCUCAAAUUACAUAUAUAAAUUUAAAUUUAAAUUAAAAAGACCAAUUAUUCAUGCAAGAACAUUUAAAUCUUAUCUUAAAUCUUAACUUUUAAUAAUUUAUGAAUUAUUAAGUUUUUUGAAUUAAAAAUUUAAAAAAUUUUAGCAUUUGUGUCAAAUUCUUUUUUGUCAAUGAUCUUUUUAUUUUAUAUCUUUUAAAUUUUUACAAUCAAAAUAAUACACGAAAUUAAUAUAUAAGAACAAAAUGAAAAUUAAUUCAAAUGAUAUUAUUAAAUUAAUUUAGCAAUUAUUAUUAUUCAAAUAAUUAAAAAUUUUAUUAUAACAAUAUAUUAAAAUUUAUAUAAUCGUACAAUUAUAAUAUGAAUUCAAAAAUUUAUAAAGAUAACAACAUAACAUUGAAGUUUAUAAAUUUUUAUUUAUAAAUUAGUACAACUAUUUAAAUUAGUUUCUAUGCUUAAGAUAUCGAUAGUUAUAUAUUUUUUUUAUAUCUUAAAAUCCCUAACUUUUUUAAUUUUGACUAUUAAAAUAAUCGGAUAACAUUGAGAAUUGACUAAAGCUUGGAAUUGUUCGCACCUGCUUAAUUGAUAGAUUUAAAGAUUUUUAGUGAUCCUAGUCAAGAUCAUUUUUCGUUUUAUCGAUAGCAUAAGAGUGAAGAGGGUAUCAAUACUGUCAUCGAUUAACGCCGCAACAACGUUGUUGUUGCAUUCAGGCUGUUACAUUAGAUAACGCUAUUUAUUGUCAUUAUUAGUAGUAAUAUAUUACUACUAUUAUAUGUAUAUAUUAUUAUAUAUAUUAUGUAUUAUAUAUAUAUUAUAAUAUAUAUAUAUAUAUAUACAUACAUAUAUACAUAUAUUAUUAUAUGUGUGUACACAGUGCGAGAUAAAUGGAUUAUAACGAUAUUUAAAUUUGUUUUUAGAAUUUAACAAAAAAUUGUUUUUAAAAGUUUUUUCUUAUUACAUGUGAAGAAUAGAAUUUUUAUAAUUUGAAAAUUUCUAUAAAACUAUAAUUCUUCUUUCCAUUUUAUAAAAUCUCUAUAUAUCAAAAUGUAAAUUUACAUUAAUUCUAAAUAUUUAAAUGUGUUAUUUUAUGCAAACUCAGAAUAACUAAUAAUUCGUCAUUUUUUUUUAAAAAAUUGGAAUUGGAAAACUCUCGAAAUUUAGGUGAAAGGUUAAGUUAAGGAUUUGAAUUUAAAUGAAUUUAAAAAUUAGAUAUUAACUCGUUUUUAUGAAGUCUUUAUGUGUUGAAUGUUUUAAUCGUUAAAGUUUUAUUAUUCGAAAACUUGGAUAAAAUAUUUUCAUUCACCAAAAUUAAUUUUCCCUUCGUGUUUUCAAAUUUAUUAAACAAAUAGCAUUAUCUUAUUUUUUGUCUUCUUUUUAAAUUAAAUAAAAGAAUAAUAUCAUAUUGUAGUAAUAUAUCUUACAAUAAUUUUAAUUAUGAUAUACAAUUAAUUUAUUUACUGCAUUAUUAUACGUAUUGAAAUUAUUCACGAUAUUAUAUGAUAGUUUCAAAAGGUGUUUUUAUAUCAAUAAAUUCCUCGCUUAAUGAAUUUCGAUUUGAAACAAUUUUUUUGUUACAUUCUAAAAAUUAACUCGUAUAUCGUUGCAACUUUAUACCGCAUCCUGUAUAUUACCAUUAUAUAUUAUAAUUAUUAUAAGUAAUAUUUGUUAAUAUCGUUGUGCAUUAAUAUUGUUAAUGAUAAUUCCUUUAUAAAGUCUGCCGUGGAUGCUUUCCUUAAAAAAUCGAUCAAUAUUGUUAACUUUUAAUAUUGUAUUCGUUCGUACGUAAAAUAAAUAUCAGAAUUUAUUAAAUUUCAGUAAUUUUAAGCGCUUUCGUGUAAACGGCAAAGAAUAAAUAAAAAUAUAAAAGACACGAUGAAAAUUAUAUAGCAUCGGUUUAAGAGACGAACAAUUUUCGUGGAGAAUGGAAAGCAUCUAUCACUAUCGUAGAAACUCGUCGACAAGGAUCUCACAUGCAAUGUUAAUAAUAAUAGGAUAAAAAAAAACGAACGGCAAUGCGAGAAAAAGAUAAUCGUUUUUUAAACGAGCAAACGUGUAAAAUACAUCUUGGUAAAGUAUCUAUACAACUGCAGCUCAAGAAUAAUUUCUUUGCAACGCAUCGUGACACGAAUAGAUUCACACGUUUUUCGUACAUUGCCAGAAAUACAUACUUGUGAUAUAUAAAUCGCGUUUUCUCCAGCAAUUAAAACUUGAAUUUAGUCGUUCAUCGAGAAUUUAUUUGCGUUCCAAUAGCGUGGGUAAAGGCCAAAAGUUUAUACAGAGAGUUUAAUAGUAAGAAUCAUUUUCUUUUAAAAAGUUUAAAAGUAAUAAAUUUUAUGAGUCUUCGAUCGAAUCGUUACCACACGCUGUAAAUCGAAUACGCAUACGUAUAGAUAUGUAUAAGCAAAUUGUAAAUGUGUCGUUCAUAUUUACAAGGACUUUUGAUUUCGAUCUCUGACUUGGAUCAGAUCCUGUGGAUCUGUAUUUAUAGAAUAAUUUUUGCUUCGAUUAUACAUACAAUUUUAAUUAUAUACGUAUUAUAUACUUUUUAAAACUCUGUUGUUCGAUUAAAUUGCUUCAAGAAGAAAUAA